UCUCCAUCGUGCAAGGGUAAUGUUUGCUCAGUGGUCUUACUGUAGGGACUGGAUACACCUGUAAGCGGGGUGCUAAAACGUCAGCAUGGACAAACCAGGGAAGGACGACCCAUCUGACAUCCAGAUGAGCGACUCUGAGAAGAACUCUGGAAAGCAACCAGUCACAGCCUGCCUGUUCAGCGCUGCCUUCUUCGGUGCCCUGGGGUCAUCGUUCAUUUACGGCUACAACCUGUCGGUGGUCAAUGCCCCUGCGUUGUACAUUAAAGCCUUCUACAAUAAGACCUGGAUUGAGAGAUAUGGCGAGCCCAUUGCAGCAGAGACAGCCACCAUCCUCUGGUCCAUCACAGUGUCCAUAUUUGCUAUUGGAGGGCUUCUCGGGGCGCUAAGUGUCUCUUUAAUCUUAAAAGUUCUGGGAAGAAAGGGAACCUUGUUGCUGAAUAACGUCUUUGCCAUUAUCGCUGCUCUGCUGCUGUCCCUGGGUGAGAGGGCACAAUCCUUUGAGAUGCUCAUCAUUGGCCGCCUCAUAAUCGGGGUGGACUCUGGUAUAGCUCUUAGCGCCCUCCCCAUGUACCUGGGAGAAAUAACACCGAGACACAUCAGAGGCUCCAUUGGCCAGUUCAACGCCAUCCUCAUCUGCUUGGGUGUGUUCACGGGACAAGUGCUGGGCCUGCCUGAGUUGCUGGGUCAGGAGUCCAGGUGGAACCACCUGUUUUCCUUCCUGGCCCUGCCUGCAGUGCUGCAGCUGUGUGUGCUGCCCUUCCUGCCUGAGAGUCCUCGCUACCUGCUGAUGGAGAGGAGGGACGAGGCUGCAGCAGAGAGAGCCUUUCAGAGGUUAUUGGGGAAGAAAGAUGUGUCCCAGGAGCUGGAAGAGGUCCAUGCGGAGGCUCGUGCUCAAGAAAACCUCUGCGCUGCGUCUGUGUUACAGCUUCUGAGGAACCCUGCUGUUCGCUGGCAGCUCAUCACCAUCAUCAUCACCAUGGCCUGCUAUCAGCUCUGUGGCCUCAACGCUAUCUGGUACUACACCAACGGGAUCCUUCGAGAUGCAGGUUUUGCUGCAAACAUCAUCCCCUACAUCACACUGAGCACCGGAGGCGUAGAAACUUUGGCGGCCAUCGUCUCUGGCUUGGUGAUAGAACGAAUCGGGAGGAAGCCCCUCCUCAUCUUCGGUUUCUCUGCCAUGGCGGUCUUCUUCAGCCUACUCACUGUGUUCCUCAAUUUUCAGGACAGCGUGUCAUGGAUGCCGUACCUCAGCUACAGCUGUAUCCUGGCUGUGAUUGCCUCCUUUUGCUCUGGGCCAGGUGGCAUCCCCUUUGUCCUGACUGGGGAGUUGUUUGAACAGUCCUAUCGACCCGCCGCCUUCAUGAUUGCUGGCACCGUAAACUGGCUGUCCAACUUCGCCGUGGGCCUCCUCUUCCCAUUCAUUCAAGAGGAACUGCAGUCCUUCGCCUUCCUAGUGUUUGUGGCGGUCUGCAUUUUGGGAUCUAUCUACCUUUGUGCUGUGCUCCCUGAAACUAAAAAUAAGACUUUUACCGACAUCAGUCAGAGCUUUGCCAAGAUUAACAACAUUGCCAUCCCAACCCCUGGCCAUGAAAUGGAGCUGGUGUUGACCAUUGGGCCUGACUCAAAUGGAAAAGUUCAAGACAUCAUAAAGAUGGAGAGUUCAUUUUAGACUCCAAUUAUUGUGGACACACAGGGUUGAAAUGUAAAAUGUAAGUAUGUGUUAUUUGUAUAUAUUUAUUUAAUUAAUUUCAAUCAAUGAUGUUAAAAUCACAUGCUGUUUUUGGUAGUUUGAAUAUAUGACGUUUUUUUGUACAGGUUUUUUUUAUAACUGGAAUAUUUAAAAUGUUACAGUAUAUCAGUUUACAGCAAUUGUAUGUACUUUUGAAAAUGAAACAAAGCAAGCACAUAUUUCAUGUUGUUUGUUAUUCAUCUGACUAUAUAUAAAAUCACUAAUUUCAGAAACUGUAACUUGUUGAAGGUAUUUAGAAAUCAGGCCUACACAAGGAAUAAUUACAUGGUUGUAGGAGGCUUACAUAAAAUAUUUAUGUCAAGUAAACUCUAAACUGAUAAAUCAUCA